UAGAAGAAAUGGGCUAACUCCUCGGCUUCCGUAACUCACGAAUUCGUAUGUUAAAAAUCGUUUAACCGCACUGACAUUGAGCGCCGCAAACGCACCAUUUCCGUAAUUUUGAAGAAAAGGCAGGCCAUCGCCAUGGUUACCGGAAAGCGUUUGGCCGACAUGGGGUACCGGGCCUUCUCGGCCUCCAUGAUGUUGCUGACCCUAUACGGGGGCUACCUGUGCACCAUGCGAGGCUACCGCUACAUGCGGAGGCAAAAGGAGCUCAAAAUGGCCGCCGAAAACCAGGAUCCGGAGAUGAUGAAAGACUAAAACGGACUGCACCGACUCGGAAACACCUCUUUGCCCCGCCCCCAAUAGGACAUUUGUGAUUGAAUGAUGUUGAUCACAUUAGUUCUCGUGUGAGAAGACUUUUGGUCUUUACAGCAGUGAUUCGCAACGUCUGUGCUGUGAGAAACUAUCCGCUUUUACUUAAUUGGUCUGAAAAUUCAUCAUUUACUAUUAAUAAUGCAUCUUUGUUUAUCUCGAUAUGCCAGCGACAUAUAAUGACGGGCACGAGAAUGAAAUGUACUUCCAAUCGAUGGCAAUUGUCCACCUGGUGUCAUUCAUACAAAAGAAUACUGUGACAAGCUUUGUGUUCAACUAAACAGCCCCGCAUUUCACGCCGAGUACAUUUGGGAGUAAACCGAGAUGAGAUUAUUAUUAUUUCAGUAUAUACGAUACAGAGCCCCGAACAUGCCUUUUUAUUUAUCUGUAUUGUGGCUACAAACUACUAAUUUGUAGUCACCAAAUACUUUGGUUGUGUUGUGCCACAUUAUCUGAGACAAAACAGUUGCCCAACACCAGUCACGACUUUUCUGACUCAAGACCAAGAUCAUAAAAAUCAAUUAUAAAACGCGUUAUCUCUUACCAUUAAUAUUUAUCUCAGCAAGACCAAAUUAGAUUUGCUGGUCUUACUUACCGUUAACAUUAGCUUCCUGUUUGUUUUCUUUUGAGAUGCCAAAUAAAGUUUGACAUUGUUUCCGCCA